CCCCCUCCCUCCCUCCCCGCAACGCUGGGCCGGGCGCUUUGAGGUCCCGCGCUCGGGCGAGUUGCCUCCGGCGGCGGGAGGAGGGUCCUUGACGAGACGCUGUUGCUUUCGUUGUCGCUACCGCCUCCUCGCCGAAGCGCCGUCUCUCUCCGUCCCCGCCCGGGACUGAGUCCAUUAGCUACAAAAUGGCGGACGGGGAGCUGAAUGUGGAUAGUCUUAUCACCAGGCUGCUGGAAGUGCGAGGAUGUCGUCCAGGAAAGAUUGUGCAGAUGACAGAGGCUGAGGUUCGGGGCUUGUGUAUAAAAUCACGAGAAAUCUUUCUUAGCCAGCCCAUACUUCUGGAGCUAGAGGCACCGCUGAAGAUCUGUGGUGACAUCCACGGUCAAUAUACAGAUUUGCUUCGAUUGUUUGAGUAUGGGGGAUUUCCACCUGAAGCCAACUAUCUAUUUCUGGGGGAUUAUGUGGAUAGAGGCAAACAGUCCUUGGAAACUAUCUGCUUAUUACUUGCAUAUAAAAUCAAAUAUCCAGAGAAUUUUUUCCUCCUGAGGGGAAACCAUGAGUGUGCUAGUAUUAAUCGCAUCUAUGGAUUCUAUGAUGAAUGUAAACGGCGGUUUAAUAUCAAGCUCUGGAAGACAUUUACAGACUGUUUUAAUUGCCUGCCUAUUGCAGCCAUUGUAGAUGAGAAGAUUUUCUGCUGCCAUGGAGGACUGUCACCAGAUCUGCAAUCAAUGGAACAGAUUCGAAGAAUUAUGAGACCCACAGAUGUUCCUGACACAGGCUUGCUCUGUGACCUGCUGUGGUCUGAUCCAGACAAGGAUGUGCAGGGCUGGGGUGAAAAUGAUCGUGGUGUCUCCUUCACUUUUGGAGCUGAUGUGGUCAGCAAGUUCUUGAAUCGUCAUGAUUUGGAUUUGAUUUGUCGAGCUCAUCAGGUAGUUGAAGAUGGCUAUGAAUUCUUUGCUAAACGACAGCUGGUUACCCUAUUUUCUGCUCCUAAUUACUGUGGAGAAUUUGACAAUGCUGGUGGCAUGAUGAGUGUGGAUGAAACUUUGAUGUGUUCUUUUCAGAUUCUGAAACCAUCUGAGAAGAAAGCAAAGUACCAGUAUGGUGGACUGAACUCUGGACGUCCAGUCACUCCACCUCGCACAGCUAAUCCUCCGAAGAAGAGGUGAAGAAAGGAAUAUCAUAGAAAAACCAUCAGAUCUAUUAAGGACAAAACUCCAUAUAUACAGUAUAUAAUAAGUGUGCACUGUAAAACCAUCCAGCCAUUUGACACCCUUUAUGAUGUCACAUCUUUAACUUAAAGAGACGGGUAAAGGAUCUUUAAUAUUUUCUAGUUGACAGAUGUGCAACACUGUAUUGUAACAAGUAUACUCCAAGCUCUAAUAACCAACAUAGAGUAAAAUCAGAUCUAAACAAAUUAUUUUGGUUGCAUAUUCACAUCACAGUUUUAAAGUUGACCAACAUCCCAAUUUAAGCUUGAUGUAAUAGUUAAAUCAGAUGAGAGCAUGAUGUUUCAUUUGUGUAAUGUGGUCUUACUGUUGCUUGAUUGCUUUUAUUUCUCUUAUUUUGUAGCUAGAAUGAUGGCAAAGUAUCUAGUCAUGUUCCCUGGCUGAAAAUGAUUUGUGGAAGGGAUUUUUGGGGCAGCUGCUGUUCUCCCUCUUCCCAGUAUUCUUGCUAACUAAAUGUGUGCCCCUAUAAUAGGAGUUUAAAGACACAAACCAAUCUCAAGCUUGUGACUUCAGUAAUGCUCCUUAUCCAGACAACCCAGCAGUCAGUAUUUCUCAUGACAAAAAAACUUAUUAUUUUUAUCUUAGAUUGCCACAGAAUGACUUUGUUCACAGCACCAUUUUAAACUAACAUUACACUCACAAUGACACUUCAUUUAACUUAAAUAGGGCAAGAAUGGUAUUACUUAUUAGUCGAUAACUUGAUUAUGUGGUACCUUGCAUUAGAUUUUAUUAGCAUGAAACACCUUUUGGCAUGCUUAGCUUCCUGAUAAUGUCAUAUUUGCAUUAAAGUGCAUUCUGCAUAGCUCACCAAACAUGAGGAUCCUUCUCUGAUAAGCCUGGAAAAGCUACCGGUAGCUCUCUUCUUCCUCUCCUCUUCCCCGCCCAACUGUGCACUCUGCCCCACCCUCCAGGAGGGUAUAUUUAAAUGGAUGUUGAUCAUUGAGCAGUAGGUUGACUAUGGCUAGUGGUGGUUGGACUGUCUAAUAUUGCCAUGUGAAUGUUCUACAUGAUUGUAAGGCUUAUGUCACUAAAGAUUUAUAUCCUCUGGAUUUUCAUGAUCAAGGUUCAUAUACUAUUGUAGAAACUUCUGCUUUGUAGUGUACUAUAGUAGCAAUAAUUUCUGUACAUGAUCAAGAGUUGAUGCAGUAUUUCUUUUCCUGUUUUCCUUAAAGGGUUCAUAUUGACAAAUGGCAAAGUGUAAAGAAAUGUGCAAAGAUUGUAAACUGAUAAAAAUUGAAAGGCAGCGAUUUGAUUGGAAAUUAAUACAAUGUUUUUUAUUGAACACUCAAAUGUGCAAAGAUUGUAAACAGACAAAAAUUGAAAGGCAGAGACUUGAUUGGAUAUUAAUACAAUUUUUUUUAUUGAACGCAGUCAAAUUUAUAAGAUUACUUAGUAGGGAAGCUUCCAAUUUAAAUUAUUCUAAAUGUGCAACAAUGUAGAACUCUUUAAUAUUGUCUUUGCAAAUGUUAAAUCGAGAACUGUAGCAACUUGCAUUUAAUGAACUGACAUGUAUUAUGCAAGGGAUUUCUGGCAAAGUGAAAAGUUCUUACAUGGAUUUAAGUCUCUUUUCUAAUUCCAUUUUGUUUUAAAACACAUAUUAAAUGUAGGAUUUUUCAUUUAGUAAAGUUGUUUAAUUGAUUUGAAGUCUGACUGAUUAUUCCAAUCUUUAUUAUGAAAUAAUUUGCCCGUGAUGGCAUACAUUAAAUGAGAUGCAGACAAAAGCUUAAUAUUUACACUAAUAUAGAUUUGUGUUGGUGGAUAUUUAAAAAUACAGCAGCUCUGUAAAUGUCACCUGUAGAUCAAUGGAUAACCAACCAUUGUUGCUCCCUAGUGCUGUGGUGUCUACCUUAUUAUCUGACGAUGAAAUGAUGAACUUCUUGGGUCAUUACUGUAUGAAAAAAAUCACCUCAAAGAAGGUAAAUGGAAUGUGACAAGAUGGAAGCAAAGCUUUGCCAUAUCCAGCUCUCUCUCUCUCUUUCUUUUUGUAAAGUGGGUAACUUUAUCAUUUUUACACUGUAGGAGCACCUUCAUUUCAGAUAAUAUAAAGGAGCCCAAAAUGUGUUUAAGGGCAGUAGUUUAAUAUGUAGAAUUGGGUUUAACAACUUAUUUUGGGAAAUUGCUUUUACAACAUUGCCCAUGUAUGCAGGUGUGCAUGUGAAGCCAUCUUGAAAGACAGAAACAUUUACUUGCACUGUAAUUUGUAUUCUUUUUCUGUCCUCCACCUCACUUGUCACUACUUAAUGUCUGAUAACAUACUGCAAAUUUGCAAAUACCAAUGAAACCAACAAAGAAUGUAAUGGCUAAAACCACUAGUUAUUAGAUUUACCUGUAAACAAUUUUUCUGGAAGCUACCAGUACUUAAGACUUCUCAUGAUCAGUUUUUAGAUCCUGCCCAUGAAUACAAAUACUGGUCUCUGUAGGCUUGAGGGUGAGCUCUAGCCCAUACUAACAGAUGCCACUGGGGAAUCAAGUGAGAUGUGUCAUUUUCUUGGCUUUGCAAUUUGUGUUAAAUAUUUUGGCCAGGGGUGUGUAGCCUUUCUGUGUAACCAGAAUGGAACUAGUGAUGUAUUUCAGCAUGGUUCUAACUAUUACUUUACUGUCCUCUCCCCUUUUUCUCUUUCCUUAAUAAAAGGAAACAGACACCUUUUACUG